CCCAAGCCAAACAAAAUGAUGAAGUUCAUGUGCAUUUUCGUCUGCGCCAUCGCCGCUGUUUCGGCCAACGCUUAUGGUCGUCAAGGAUACGGCAGUGCUCCAGUUGGUGGCUAUGCCUACCAGGUGCAGCCUGCUCUGACCGUCAAGGCUAUCGUGCCCGCUGGUGGAUAUGGUGGUAACAGCUAUGGUGCCGGCUAUGGUGGCAACAACUACGCACGCACCGUUGAGGUGCCAGUCUCCGCCGUCUACACCUCGAAUGCCGGAUACGGACAUGGUUAUGGACAUGGUGCUCCAGUUGUCGAUCGUCAUGCUCUUGGUCUGGCCAAGCUCUCCCUGGCUGCCCCCAGUGCUGGUGCUCCUCUGGUCUGGAAGGAGCCCCGUCAGGUUGUCCACCAAUCCUAUGGCUCUCACCAGAGCUAUGCCCCACAGCACAGCUAUGCCGAGAAGGCUCAGGGUGCAUCCGCUGCUGCUGCGUCCGCUGCCGUCGCUGGCAAGAAGAGCGGUUACCAAAACUCCGGCUAUUAAGCGACUUAAAAACUCAACAGUGAAUCGAAAGCUUAACACUCGAGAGUUAAGUCUAUAAGGCGUUAGAAAGUAAUAAAAACAACAAAUCAUCAAAACAAAUC